UACCACCAGGUGGGCCUUUCCGCGGAGCGGCAACAGAUAUUUCGAGAUUCGAGGGAGUGCUGCGUGGUGCGUCUGCUCUCCUCGCCCCGCUUCUCGUCCUACAGUCGUUCGCUCUCCGGUCUCGCCGCCUCGGGCUCUCCGCUCAAUCCAGUUCGAUCUUGCGCCCACGCAGUGAGCAACUCACCAAGCUUCUAGCAGUUCUUCUCCGAGGCCAGAUAUAUGUUGAUUGAGGCAUCCGACCUGCAGCCCCAUCCUUUUCAUGUCAUCUUCUCCUUCCUCUUGCUUUCUCAGGACAUCAACCUCGUUUCUUCCCCUGCAACUGCAAGAAGAACAUGGUCAUGGACUCCACGGAUCGAUUUGACAAGAGCCCUCUGCUGGACGGAGGCAGCUCAUCACAGGAGAAUUCCACGGAAUAUACAGGUGAUGGAUCUGUUUGUACCAGUGGUCAUCCUGCUUCCAGAAAACAUACAGGGAACUGGAAGGCCUCCUCCUUAACCAUAGUCUGUUCAUUCUGCUGCUAUCUGGCCUAUUCUUCAAUUGGAAAAAACCUAGUCAGUUAUCUCACAAAAGUCCUAGAUGAAACAAAUCUGGAUGCUGCAAGACAUGUUGCAACUUGGCAAGGUACUAGCUAUCUCGCGCCUCUGGUUGGAGCCUUCGUUGCUGAUUCAUACCUGGGGAAGUACCGGACAGCUUUGAUCAGCUGCACAAUUUUCAUUAUGGGAAUGAUGAUGCUGCUUCUAUCAGCAGCACUUCCAUUAAUCUCAGCCGGUCCUCAUGCUUGGACUCUUUGGGCAGAUCCUAUCUCUUCUCGGUACAUUAUAUUCUUGGUUGGGUUGUACAUGGUUGGUUUAGGGUACGGUGCACAGAGCCCUUGCGUCACAUCUUUUGGAGCCGAUCAAUUUGAUGACACCAAUGAGAUGGAGAAGACCAGAAAGAGCUCUUUCUUUAAUUGGCACUAUUUCUCAAUCAAUGCUGGUUCAUUGAUCGCUGGGACUGUUAUUGUCUGGGUUCAAGAACAUGAAGGCUGGCUCUGGGGCUUUACAAUUUCUACACUAUUUGUGACUUUAGGUAUAAGUGUGUUUUUCUUGGGCUCCAUUGUGUAUAGAUUUCAGAAACCUGGAGGAAGCCCUCUAGCAAGAAUAUGGCAGGUUGUUGUUGCAGCUUCUCGGAACUUCGAUAAAGUUUUGCCAUGUGAUUCCUCAGCUCUUUAUGAGUUUUCGGGGCAAGGAUCGGCAAUCGAAGGCAGCCGGAAAUUGGAACAUACAAGUGGACUUGAGUUCUUUGAUAAAGCUGCAAUUCUGACACUACCUGACUGUGAAUCUCCUGGCCAACUUAAUAAGUGGAAGAUUUGUACCGUCACUCAGGUAGAGGAGUUAAAGAUUCUGAUCAGAAUGUUCCCAAUUUGGUCAGCAAUGGUAUUGUUUGCUGCAGUUCAGGAACAAAUGUUUUCAACAUUUGUAGAGCAAGGGAUGACAAUGGAGAAACACGUCGGGUCUUUCGAAAUACCCACUGCAUCCUUUCAAUCCAUAGAUACACUUACUGUCAUUAUGCUGGUUCCAAUUUAUGAGAGAGUCCUUGUUCCAGUAAUAAGAAAAUUCACCGGCAGAGCGAAUGGCAUAUCGUCGCCACAGCGAAUAGGGAUUGGUUUAUGUUUCUCCAUGCUCUCAAUGGUGUUAGCAGCAUUGGUGGAGAGUAACCGGUUACAGAUUGCACAGUCCGAAGGUUUGGUGCACAGCAAGGUGACUGUUCCGAUGAGCAUCCUGUGGCAAGGACCCCAGUACUUCCUGCUAGGCGUCGCCGAGGUGUUCUCCAACAUUGGGCUAACUGAAUUUUUCUAUGAUGAGUCUCCAGACGCCAUGAGAAGUUUAGGCAUGGCAUUCUCGCUUCUUAACAUCUCGGCUGGAAAUUACCUUAGUUCGUUUAUCCUUUCCCUUGUGCCGGUAUUCACAGCCAGAGGAGGCAGCCCAGGGUGGAUACCUGAUAACUUGAAUGAAGGGCAUCUGGACAGAUUCUACCUGAUGAUGGCUGGGCUGAGUUUACUGAAUAUAUUUGUCUUUGUAUUCUAUGCUAGGAGGUACAACUGUAAGAAGGCUUCCUGAGCCUCCUUGACCUUGGCAUUAUAAUUGGAGACUGUAACUCUGUAGAUAUGUCUUUUUUAAAACCAGAGACACUCAAUGUGAGACUCUACAUCUCAUUAUGAGAAAUGGUGCUGUUAAAAAGUGCUUUUAUCUGGAAAAGAAAUUUAAAUACCUAAAUUUUCCGGUUACUUCUA